AUGAUCCUGUCCUGUCUUCAGUGCCAUACGCAGAACAUAUCUAUCUGGGCUGUACGAUGGGUGCAGCUGAGCUUCCCAUCUCAGGAAUUUCUAGGAGGUCUUCUUCGCGAUGUGAGGGCACGCGUUAUCCUGCAGCAGGCGAACGUUCUCGAGCUUCGUGUGCUCCCUGCGGAUCUUGUCGGCCAGUCUUUGCAGUUGAGCGCAGUAGACCUCGGCAGUAACUGUCGUGUUGUCCGGCAGCAGUUCGAAACGGUAGAUUCCAUGAACUCCCCACCACACGCUCGGCACGACCUUCUUCUCAUGGAUUUCAUCUUUCACGAAAGGAUCCGGCAUUUCAUCGCCAGCGCACCACGCACGUUUGUGAGUGUGGUUGACGUAGAUGACCCAUUUUUCAUCUCCAGUGACAAUGGUGUCCAGCCAGUCGAAUCUGCAGCUUCUGGAGAGCAGCUGAGUGCAGACGUCUAG